AUGCAAAAAGCCGAAUUUCGCAAAGCUGAGAGUAGAGGAAAAAUGGGGGACCAAAAGGAUACAGCCCCAUGGGGAGUCAAAAGGAUGGUAUGGUAUUGCGAUGGGGAGUCAAAAGGAUGGUAUGGUAUUGCGAUGGGGAGUCAAAAGGAUGGUAUGGUAUUGCGAUGGGGAGUCAAAAGGAUGGUACGGUAUUGCGAUGGGGAGUCAAAAGGAUGCUAUGGUAUUGCGAUGGGGAGUCAAAAGGAUGGUCUGGUAUUGCGAUGGGGAGUCAAAAUGAUGGUAUGGUAUUGCGAUGGGAAGUCAAAAGGAUGGUAUGGUAUUGCGAUGGGGACUCAAAAGGAUGCGAUUGUAUUGCGAUGA